UUCCCACAUACACCCGGCCCGGCCAGUGAAAGCCAAAUGCCCACCAAACUGCACGUUGCAUUCCAAUAUAUAAGGGUCAUAUUUUCCGUUCCUCUCCUUCUCAAAGCGCAACACCGAUAAUCCUACUUAGCUUGUUGACACGGAACACUGUUGCUCCUGAGAGUUUCUUGGAGGCCCAUUGUUUCCAAAAAAGAAAAGAAAAACGAGAGUUUGUUCAAUUUGGUUUGAUCAAGAUGGCUUGGUUGUUGGCCUUGGGCGCGCUGCUGAGCCUGCUCGUGUCCUACUCUUUCUCGGCCGCCGGCGCCACCAGCUACACCGUCGGCGACAAGUCCGGCUGGACGAUCGGCGUCGACUACACCAAAUGGGCCGGCUCCAAAUCCUUCAAAACCGGGGACAACCUCGUGUUUAAUUACGCGAGCGGGCAGCACACGGUGGUGGAGGUGAGCGCGGCGGACUACCUGGCGUGCGCGGCGGCGAACCCGCUGGGCUCCGACAGCAGCGGCGCCACCACCGUGCCACUCAAGUCCGGCGGCAAGCACUACUUCAUCUGCAGCAUCUCCGGCCACUGCGCCGCCGGCAUGAAGCUCGAGGUCACCGUCUCCGGCUCCGGCUCCGGCGGAUCAUCAAGCUCCCCGUCUUCUCCGACGCCGACGACACCAAACACGCCGUACACGACGCCGACAACGCCGUACGUGACCCCGACCACACCGUACACGACGACGCCGACGGCCCCGGCGUGCUCGGGGAGUACCGGGACGUACACCCCGGCAACGCCGGGGACGACGCCGUUCAUGUCGUACAACUACAAUGGCGCCGCCGCGGGGCUCGUGCGGCCGGCGGCGGCGUUGGCUUGCUUUGGCGCCCUUGUUUGUAUUGCCAUCGUGCAGCUUGGGAUGUUAUAGAUCGGUGUGUAGUCAUACAUACAGUAGUAGCUCUCUACAUAUUAUACAGGUCAUCACGUCGUACGUACGUGCUCGUGUAAUCUGUUAUUUGUUCUUUGCCGCGCUUAUUGAUGUGGAGACGACGCUCCGUUAAUUUGGAUGAAUGGAACAUGUGUGUUUCCUGGCUU